GCGGAGGGAAGAUGGCGGUGACAGGGUGGCUGGAGAGUCUGCGGGAUGCCGAGAAGACAGCUCUCCUGCAAGAUGGGAGAAGGAAGGUGCACUAUUUGUUCCCAGAUGGGAAGGAAAUGGCUGAAGAAUAUGAUGAGAAGACGAAGGAACUACUUGUAAGAAAAUGGCGUGUAAAAAGCACCCUAGGAGCCUUGGGCCAGUGGCAGAUUGAGGUGGGAGAGCCAGCACUCCAUGGAGCAGGGAACCCGGCGCCUGAACUCAUCAAGGAAAGCAAUGCCAAUCCUGUCUUCAUGCGCAAGGACACCAAGGUGUGUUUCCAGUGGCGGAUUCGAAACCUUCCCUAUCCUAAGGAUGUCUACAGUGUCUGUGUGGACCAGAAGGAGCGCUGCGUUGUUGUCAGAACAACCAACAAAAAGUACUACAAGAAGUUCUCCAUUCCUGAUCUGGACAGAUACCAGCUACCUCUGGAUGAUUCUUUGCUGAGCUUUGCUUAUGCCAACUGCACCCUGAUCAUCUCCUACCAGAAGCCAAAGGAGGUCCUCGUGGCUGAGUCAGAGCUGCAGGAGAUGCUGAAGAAGGUAAAGAUGGCCCACAGCAGUGACGGGGACUGCAAGACCCAGUAGUGCACCCCUGAGCCCGCACCUCAGCGUGGAGCGUGGCGAGGCUCUUCCUGCCAGUAGGCAGGGCUUCGCGGCCGGCCGCCCUGGCACGGGGGUGGCCUCUUCUCUUCCAGGCUCUGCAAAAACUGGGCCUCGGGCACUCCUUGCCC